UAUGUGUCGAUUUUUUUUAGUUGGAUAAAUGAUAUAACAUAAUUACGUUUUCAUAAUAACAUAUUUUACCAUAAAACAGUAAUUUAAAAUACCCCAAAUAAAAAUAGGGAAAUAGGAAAGACGAGAGCGAACUAACGAAAAAUAAAAGCUUCAACCACAAAAAAUUUUGAAGCAAUUGGUCCAUCAGGUAAAGAGAAAAGCGUAUUCCUCAUAACAACAAGAAUACGAAUUACAAAACGAUUUAUAGGUCUAUACCGUGUCCAAAACGAUCUAUAUGUAUCGGUUUUAUUUUGUGUCCAGUAAGCUCACUCUGGCCCUCUGCUUUGGUGGUGACAUGAGCGAAUCAUCGGAUCAUAACAAGCUCACUGCCCACUGGACUGGUAUGCCAAUAAUGCCGUUCUGCAGCAUCUUGUUCCUCCCACCGAGCCAUCUAUCUCUCCACUUGCCUUAUUUUAUGAUUGAUUGAUGGAACAUUUGGCGUUUUGGAAUGACGAUGGACACAUAGAAGAUGGAACUCAUUUAUACAAGUCAAGAAACAAAUGCGAGAAAUGCAAGAGACCUACGAAUGUUUGUUUAUGUCAUGUCUUUCCUGCAAAUCCUGUUGGCUUAAAUAAAACUAAGUUGUUCAUUCUACAACAUCCCAAGGAAUGUAGUCGACCACUCCAUACAACAGUGAUUCUUGAAGCUUGUAUCAAGUCAAGUUUCUGCAAAAUAUUCAGAGGCAACAGGUUCCCAGAAUCUAAAUUUUCAGAUUUGUAUGCAUCACUGAAAGAAAAAAACACCAUUCUGAUGUACCCAGGACCUCAUGCAAUACCUCUAUACGAGUUGAAAAUGAAUGAAAAAGAUAUUUGUAAUAUUGUUCUCUUGGAUGGCACAUGGAAACAAGCACAAAAUAUGUACAAACGAUGCAAGUUUCUCCACAGUCUACCAUUGGUUUCGAUUGAAACUCAACAGAACAGUGAAUACGUUGUCAGAACACAACCCAACGAAAAAUGUCUUAGUACAGUAGAAUGCGCCGCAGUUGCACUAUCACAUUGGGAACAAGAUAAGGCAAUUGGAGAAAUGCUGUUAAAACCUCUUCGAACGAUGUGUCAGUUUCAGUUGGAUUAUGGUGAAAAAGUACAUGAACCAAAAACGAGAAUGUCAUUCAGAUGAUGAUUACUCAUAUUGGGGCUGCAACACAAACAUGGCAUGUUUGUUAUACUGGUGUAAGCCACUUUUGAGGAAUGACUGAUCAUGGGUCAGGGUAUGUUUCUGAAGAAAAUUUUCAGUAACUUCAUGCAAUAUAUAGUAACUUCAGACUAUAUAUAAAUUUCAGGGCAUCAUCCGACCCGCAAUGUGUUGGUCCUUGUAAGUCCAGUGAUACACCUAAACUGAUGUUUUAUGGAAUACCUGAGCCCCUUUUUCUGCCAAGCUAUUUUCUGCAAACUGGGUGUUCAUCUAAAGCGGUACCGAUGCAAGAGCUUCGUGGCCAUGUAUUGGACUAAGAGCAAUGCUCUUCUACUGUCUGUUUACCAAUAUUACAUGACCCUUUCUGUACGAAAUGUUUGUAUGCCCAUUUUAUGGAACCUUAUGAUUUUACAUCGUAGGUGUGACGUAACACAUGACUUAUUUACGCUUUACGGCCGUCUGGAAUUUUCCUUGCCCCGAGGUAGACGCUAGUUGCGGAUUAGGAGGAUGCUUUGCAAUUAUAUAUUUUAUUAAUGAUGGGUUUUCCUAUUUUGAGAGGGUUGUACUUAUGCCAUACCUUACAUGACUGUUAUCAGGUGGAAAUUCAUACUUGAAUAUUUUUGGUUUAUUCAUAUAAUUAGCCGAAUAGGAUUGCUGUAUAUUUUUGCAUCGUUUUAUUGAUCGUUGUCUUAUUUUGUAUCUUAGCAUACCUGUGACUGUUCUUUGAGUCCUUGUCAAAAAUAGUCAAUUUAUCACUAACGCUAACAUUAAUACUGUAAGCCGUGAACACAAUAAAGUUCUUUCUCAACACAA